GAAGACAAGACCAGACCGCGACCAGGCCGCAAAACAGUUGAAAGUCAAAGCUUUACUCUGUACAAAUAAAGUAGUUGUUUGCCACACGUAACUAAAUAAAGUAGUUGUUUGCCACACGUAACUAAAAAUCUUAAGGUGAAAUAUGAGUAAAAGAAAAGCGCCACAAGGAGCAAAUCCAAACGCAGACUUUGUUGAUUUCCUCACUGAACUUGCUAAUUAUGAGAAAAAUGUUACAAGAGCAAUGCACAAGUACAACGCCUAUCGCAAGGCAGCUAGUGUCCUGGCCAAGCAUCCAACUCGAGUGAUCGAUGGAGACGAUGCUAAAAAACUGAAUGGUAUUGGGGAUAAAAUUGGCAAGAAAAUUGAUGAAUUUAUGAAGACUGGAAAACUUCAGAAGCUUGAGAAUAUCCGUGCUGAUGACACAAGUGUAGCAAUAAAUUUGCUGACGAGGGUUACAGGAAUCGGCCCAGCUGCAGCUAGGAAGCUUGUUGAUGAAGGUAUCACAACAAUUGAAGAAUUAAGAAAGAGUGAGGAUAAACUAAACCAUCAUCAAAAAAUUGGCUUAAGGCAUUUUGAAGACUUUGAAAAAAGAAUUCCUCGUUCUGAAAUGGAACAGCUUGAGAGCAUCAUUUUAACAGAAGUCAAGGGUCUUGACAAGAACUAUAUUGCGACAAUAUGCGGAAGCUAUAGGAGGGGUGCUGUGUCAAGUGGUGAUAUUGAUUGCCUUCUUGCACAUGAAUCCUAUUCUUCCACAGAUGAUAAAAAGCCGGAACUACUUCGUAAUUUGGUGGACACCAUGAAGGAAUCAAAUUUUGUCACGGAUACCAUUUCUAUUGGUGAUACAAAAUUCAUGGGUGUUUGUAGGCUCCCUAAGGAUGAAGAAAACCCGAAAGGUGAGCGUUUAUACCGAAGAAUUGAUAUCAGGCUUAUUCCUCAUGACCAGUACUUCUGUGGUACUUUGUAUUUUACCGGCAGUGAUGUCUUCAAUAAACAGAUGAGAGGCAAGGCCUUGGAGGAAGGGUUUACUCUGAACGAGUAUACAAUUCGACCAAUGGGAAGUACAGGCAUACCUGGUGAGCCACUACCGGUUUCUAGUGAGGAGGAUGUGUUUGAUUACAUCGGGAUGAGAUACAAGAAGCCGUCUGAAAGGAGUCUAUAGACAGUCUGAUACUCAGCAUGGGAUAUGGUUGCUAGGAGAUGUAAAGCCAUGUGGAAAUAGUCUUUGCAAAUGGUUGUACUCAGUACAGGGUUGCCGAGACAAUUUGGUGUCCCUACAGCAAAGACCUUUGAUCCAUAUUUUAUAAUCUUAAUUUCAGUGCAUGUAUUAAAGUCGUACGACUGUUGCAUGAUGAAUCCAACUUUGUUCCCUGUGAGGCUAGACAACGCAACGCCAUCUGCUGAUUGUCAGCAGCAGACUGAAUGGAUCGUCAUUAAAAAUGAUCCAAUGCUCGUUGCGUUCUUCGUGGAAUUGCGUUGGCUGACAGCCGUCGGACGCAGCGAGUACCCGGCGUUAGACUGAAAAGUUAUUGAAAUAAUUUGUACCUUGUUUUAAAAGGUUAUCAGGAUAGGACUUGAAUGUUGAGGGAAAAUUAUUUUGGCUUGGGGCUCAGUGCAGUUUUUUUCUCUUGCCUCUUCUCAAUUUAUACUACCCCACACUCUGAUUGCUAACUAAAGCCACAUAUCUACACAACUGUAUUUUGUUUUGAAUAUUAAUAUGUAGAGAGCUGCAACAAUUAUAACCAAUUUGACAAUUUUUAAAUACAGUACUAUAUUUAUAUUUGUGAGUUUAUGAAAAUUUUUGCAUAAUACUGUUGAGUAAAAUAUAUGUUAAGCCACUUUUAAUUGUAGUGGGAGUAAGGAGUCUGGGAAAACAUUUAGUAAUCAAACAUUGCUUUUAUCUGUAUCCUUUGUUUCAAAUUUUUAUCAGAACCAGAUGGAAAAAGUGUGGCCUGCCAGCCACAUGUUGCCUGAUGGUGAUUUUGUUGCGGCCUGUAGAUUAAAAAAACCUGUGUGUGUUGUUUGUUAACUACCUUUGGCUAGAAAACCCAUUGUUUUUUAUGGCUUGACACUGAUCAUCUGUAAAAAGUGAAAAUAAAGCAUUAUAAAAGUAGGGCAUGAAGGGUUUUGUAAGGACACUGGAAACGUCAAAAGUUUGGAUGUGGCCAUCUAUCUGUGUUAAAUAAAAAAUUAAUUCACUUUGGAUCUCCGACCCACUUUUAUGCCCACCCCUUGAUUUGACCUACCACCUUGGUGCAAGAACAUUAACACCAAUUUCAUGUUUUUAUAAUUGGUCUAUUUAAACAAUGAUUGUUUAGUAGUCCUUUUUUUUUUUUAAAGUAAAUUAAUUUUAAAUUUUAAUGUACAUGCUAAUGAAUUUUGUGAAAAUUACAAUUAACAAUUUUUAACAAGUUGUACCAGUUGUCUGCAUUUUCAUCAUGUUAAUGUUAUUCAUCUUACAGUAUUUAGAUUAUGCACAAAUUGAAGAAUGUAAACAAAUGAACUUUUAUCAUAUCACAAAGCUGACUUUAUUGACAGAACAAAAAUCAUAAUAGAGGACUCGGAACAGAAGGAAGAUGAAAAAGCAUGCAGGACCUGAAAUUAAUCAAGCAAUUUUCGAUACAUCAUCCGCCACAAGCUGAGAUAUGUUACAUUGAUCAAUAGAAUGGGAUAUGGAAAGCAACAGUCGUAAAAAUGCAAGCUAAAAUAUAAAAAUGGCUGCAUCUUGAUUAGAUUCAAACUUUCUUUAGAAUGAAUAGUCAGAGCAUGUAUGUUUGGAUUUUGAAAAUCUAGCAGACGACUAAUUGCAUAUGAAGGUUAAAGGUUAGCCUUUAUAAACUUGCAUGUGUGCCGUCACUAUACAUUAAAUAAAUCACUGUCCCGAACAUAUAUUUUUCAAAAAAAUUGUUAGAUUUCAUUUUAGAUUUAAAUCUCAACAUGAUCCAAGUACUUUAAUUUGAAGGAAAUCCACAUUAAAUACAAAUAUACACCAGUAUAUUAUUUGUUGACAGUGUGUUCAACAACUUAAUGUUUAUCCAAAAUCUACAGUAUCCAUUUUGAAGGCGGAUGAUGUAUCAAAAAAACAGUGUUUAUUUGAAAUCUGACAAGCCGAACUUUGACUCGCUUAAUAUUUAACUAUGAUGAAUAUCAUUUAAUCAUUAACAUACCCAUUUACAAUUAUUUAUAUAUAAAAAGAAAUCGCUGCAAGUCACUACUUGAGUAACUCCAGUUUACAUGGAAGCAUAUUUUGUUUCCAUGACGAUUAAAAAAAAUUUUAAUCUUAAGUGCAAGAGUACAGUAAUACAGUAUAUUUUAUGUAGUUUUGACUUUGCCUUCAUCAAGGCUCUAGCCUCACUAAUACAUAUUUAUAAGACAAAUUAGUGAUGUUUAUAUGUGGGCAUAACGAUAACAUAUCACACCCAUAUUAUUGACACAUCACAACAGAUCAUUAGCCAUUGAUGUCACUCUAAUGGGAAAAAGACAAUUGUCUGGGUGAUUAGGAAAGGUAAAUUUUCCUCAUGCAGCAUAUGUAAAUUGGGGGAAUUAGAGAAAUUGGGGAAAUUCUGUGAAGCCACAUGACUGUUAAUAAAAAAAAAUAUAUUAACUCCUAUUGUUUUACAAAACUUUCAAAAGGGCAAAUUAAUUUGUUCUUUAUAAUAUUGUGAUGAAAAUACAAAUUGUGGCUAAGUAUUAUAAUAAAAUAAAAUAAUUUCCUCAAUUCUAGGUGCUGAUCAAAGGUAAAUGUGAAUAGUAUAAAUACCAUUGGAAGAUUAAAAAAAAAAAAAAAUAAUAAUAAUCUUAAAUAGUAAUCCUGUAUUAAAAUACAAUAUGGUGAGGGUUUAGCAAAAUAAAUGUUCAGAGCAGGAUAACACAUUUCCUGGACCUACUUAAGCACCUUUAGCUUUCAAAAUAUUUUGUCCAAAAGUGUUUUGUUUUUAUGAUUUUUCUAAUUAAAAAAAAAAAAACACUUUUUAUACCUUAUUCAUAGAAUAUCUUGCUUAACCAAAUAAUUUAUACUGAUUACAGUACUCCUGAUUCUUCCCGGGAACAACCACCUGUAUUUAAAUCAAUCAUCCAAUCAAUUUACUUGUAUUUCUUAUUCACAAGCUCAUUGUCAAAUCCCUGACAAAUUCAAUUUAUUUAAUUAUAAUUAAUUAUACUAAUAAU